GAGCGAGCAAAGAACUGUGAAUUUGUUCCAAUAAUUUAUUGAAAUAUAAAUGUAUUUACUAUAAAAAGUAGAUUAUCAAUGAUGGAAAUUUCAUAAACACAUUACAAUGAAUCCCAUUCUUGUACUGUUCCUCACAUUUAUUCUCAUUUACUCUUGUGUAUCGUGGUUAUUGCCAACAUUAUUAUCAUGGCUUUUCAAGCGAAAAUACCACAUCAAACUGAAAAUUGGGAGUAUAGCUGUUUUGAAACUCAUAUUACGGGAUGUCAGUCUGUCAAAGGAUGGCUAUUCUAUACACAUAGAUGAAGUAUCUUUUCGUAGCAGCUGUUUUAAUUCUGAAAUAAAUAAACUCGUAUCUGUUGUGAUAAAGUCCCUUAAGGUGACUAACAAUGCAGAAGAAAAGAGAAAUGCUGUUGUGGAAACCAUCCUCAAACCUCUCCUCUCUAAGCAAAACUCAAGUUCCAGAGAAGUAACGGCAGAUGAUAGCAGCAACAUUCAGGCUUUAGAGAAGGAACUAUGUGGCUUGAAACAACAUAAGUUACUGGAUUUUAGGGACAAAAAAUUGCCACCAAGUUUAAUCAUGUUUGCACAGUUUAUGGGUGUGCACAUAUUCAAUGCAUCAAUAACAUUACACAGUGGGACAGAUGAAGGCUGGUAUGUGUAUGCGAAAGCUUCAGAAGUCCAUGCAGAUGGUGCUGCAGGUGGCCCAGCAAGAGCUCUGGUGUUCUCCGCUAAUGUUGUUGAAGCGGAGGCUAAAGUUAUGUCCGGUGGAAACACUCUUGUGGAUGCUGCAUGUAGUGUGCUAGUAGAGGGGACUGUGAAGGCAGAUGGGCCUUUAAAUGUUGAGAAAAUCCACACCAUAGUCAGUAACCCCUCAGUGGUGCUUCAAGAUGAUCUGUAUAUAUUUUUACAAAGGAAUAAACGAAGGAAACCUGCCUCUACACCACUAUCUAGUGAAGAUCACCUUGUCUCUCUCAUACCUAGACUCUCUCCUAUUAUACCAAAGAUAUUUAGUUUGAAAGUUGGACCCGCGUCGGUUGCAUGCGUCGAUAAUAUCACAAACACGCGGUUUGAGGUAUCUCUGCAGAGUUUACAAGUGAAUUCCAGAUUCAGUGCAGCUUCGGUGGUGGUGAGUGCGAUUGGAGCGGAGGUACUCAGUCUGCCGCAAGUGUACGUCGCGUACCAAAUGGACUGCUUUCAAGUCACCGCGAGGGACGACACGCUGCUGUAUCUGAACAAACUCAAAUUGGACGCUAAGCUGGAAAAGGGUGUUUUAAACCUAUAUCUUAUAAUCAGCACUCUAAACGUGACAUACGAUCACAGAAACGUAUUUUUGUGGUAUUCCACUAUACUACAACGAAUCAAGAGUUCACGGUCUAUGCAAACUCCGGGCCCGAGGCAGAAAUCUUGGGAUGCGGAAGCGUGGUGGUCGCGCAUGUCACGCAGUUGUGCACUGCAGGGUUGUGCGGAACUGCGCGCUGUGCUCAUAAGGACUGGUCGGGCGCGCGGGGCCCCGGUAUCCUCUGGGGCCCGGGGGGACGCGGGACUAGUGGGGCCCGCCGGCGAUGGGUUCACGGUGGGCUGUAGCGGCUUGAAGGUCAAGUUUGAUCAGCUGCUUGAUACAACUGAGGAAACAUACAAAUCGACGGGUCGGCAGUGGAGUGCAGAGCUACUAAUCGACGGCGGAUGGGCGGGAACGGGGCGCGGUCUGCGCGGCGCGGGGCGAAGCGAAGCGAGCGCGGCGCGAGGCGAAGCGGGUGCGAGGCGCGCGCACACGUGGGGCGGGGCGCUGCUCGCUGUGGCGCUCGUCAAGUGGGGCGCGCAGGCCCCGUCGCAGUCUAAGAUAGAGGCAAUGAUGGACUGUCUCCGCUUAGAAUGGAGCCCGGCUCUCGCAGAGACAGUUUUAUCAUUCGUCGACAAUAUAAACGAAUAUAAAGGACCCACUAAAAAAGUUCCAAUUGUAGACACCACAGAGACUUCUCACAAUGUAUCUGUGAACGUGGCUCUGUCCCAUAUUAAUCUGUUUUUAAUAGUCAGCGAUAAUAUAUGCCUGAUGACCAGAAUAGAUGCUAUAACCUUAGAAAAAUCGAAAGGUAAAUCAGGUGCUGUUAUAUCUGGAAUGAAAAUGGUCGAAAUUGUUCCAUAUCAAGGAAAUGUUCCAUGUCAUAGAUCUGAUGAAAUACUCUCAUCUUUUUUCUACGUGAAAUUAGCUAGAAUUGAGCGUGUUCCAUCGAAACAAAGGAAUUCAGUGUUGUUAGACUUUCAGUUCUUAGAAAAUGUUGAAUUCGAAUGGAGUCCUAACUUGCAUCUUAAGAUAUUGACAUUUAUAAGAGCAUUUAGAGGUUUCACGCGUGAUUUGAAGGAAAGAAGAGUGAGAGAUGAUACGCAGACUUCAAAAAAGAAAGAGAUGGCGAAAGAUUGGAGGGUUUCGUUCAAGACUGAAACUAAUUUGGGACUUGCAUUAUCCAAAGAAAAUAGUAUGGUGUUUUCUACAGAUGACAUGACAAUUGCGUACGACCACGAGAUAGGUCUGUCAAUAGUUUGGAGUCAAUUGAAGAUGAUAUUGAAUGGAGAUGAUAUCAUCACGGUAGAGGGGUAUUCGAUGGAGCGAGUGUCGGAUGACCCAGAUAUUAGGAUCGAGAGGAAAGCUAAUGAGGGAUUCAAACUGAUGUGGAAUAAAGUUUGGUCAGUGAAUAUAGAAUCUAUCCGCGUGAUCUUCCCCUACAAGCACCGGUUCGCGGAGGCGGUGCAGGGCGACUUCGUGUCGCUGUUUAAGUGGAUCAAGCACGUGCACGGAAUUAAGAAGAAGCCCUUCACUCUGGAGAGCCCUCUGCCAAGUGAUCUACACAUUAAGAUCGAAGAGAUAUUGAUCGAAAUGAGCGAUGAUCCGUUUGAAGUCAAACUGCGCGAUAAUUACGAAUUACUCGAAGAUGAAUACAAGGAAAGUCAGAAGCGUCGAACUAUGCUGGACGCUAAGGUACAAGAGCUGUGCAAGCCGCACCUGUUCCUGCCGGCGGGCAAGGUGGAGGAGCUGUACUCGGCGCUGCGGCAGAAGGACGCGCAGAUCUACGUGCAGCGGUGCCGCGCCGCGCCGCCGCCGCGCCGCCGCCUCGUGGCCUGCUGCGUGUCCGGCCUGGCGCUGCUGGCGCUGGCCGACCCCGCGCUGCACGGCGCCGCCAACGCCGCCCGGCGCCUGCGCGACAUCGACUGCGACAGCCCGUGGCCAGAGGAAGGCAUCGAAUUCACAACACUGUGGUGCCGCAUGAUUAACGUGUCAGUGGCGUUGUGGCAACUGCGCCUGCGCGACUUCCCUCAGCCGCUGCUGAGUAUGAGUGAGAUGAGACUAUGGGGUACCAUGCUCGCUGCAGAAGAGCAGGCUCCACCCAGAGCUGUCCGCACAGUGGUGAUAGAGCAAGGCGAGCCGUGGGGCCGGUUCGAGCUGGAGCGCAGCAUGAUGCCGCUCAAGUGGUACUACGACCUGUGCUGCGAGAUGACGGAGUACAGCUACGCGUUCGGUCCCUGCUGGGAGCCUGUCAUCGCGCAUUGUAAUCUAGCGUUCGACCAAGUAUCGCGCCCAUCACUUGAUCCAUCGGCUCCCUUGACCUGGUGGGACAAGGUUCGGUUACUAUUCCACGGUCGGCUCACGCUGAACUGUGCUAAAUUCACGUGUUUGCUGCACGUUUCGCUGGAUCCCUACAACACUACCGAGGAGAUGGAAGUGACGUGGUCCGAUUUGGUAUUGGACUGGACUAAUGGCAAGCUGGGCUUCCUCGGCGAGCUGAAGGUGUUCGUCCGCACGGCGAGCAAGUACGACGACUGCCGGGUGCUGCGCGUGCCGGCGCUGCGGCUCAGCAUCAAGCUGGGCUGGCAGGCCGUGGCCGAGCCGCGCGACCACCACGCCGUCGCGCCCUGCGCGCCCACGCGCCUGCCCGAGUACUCCAGCAACCAGGAGCACGAUUCGUACAGAGCGUUUCGCUCACAGGGUCUCGAUUUGCAUCUGAGUAUGGAUACAAAGCCGAUCGAUGGGGAUGGCCCAGUCCUGCUGUUAUAUGGUAGCACCCUCAGAUGGUUCGAAAGUUUGAAAUUAAUAUUAUCGGGUACGACGCGCCCCACGCGUCGGGGACGCGUAUUCAACAACUUAAAACCGCGAAAACCACAACUGUCGAGGCACUAUAGAAAUGUUGCCGUCUCGCUUACAUUACACAAUCUGCAGGUGUUCUACUGGUCCUCCUCCUCCAUGCAGCGCGGCAUAGAGAUGCUGGGCGUGCGUGUGACCUGCGGGUCGCGCCACCGCUUGUCGCUCGUGCCCGGUUCCGACGCGCUCAUCCGCCGCGCGCGCGCCGUCUGGGCGACGCUGUAUAUGAAUUGCGACCUUAACGACGUGGAGAUAUGGCUCAAAACGCCGGCGCAGCCCCAGCCGCACGAGGAGAAAGAUGGGGAGGAGAACCCCUCUCUCCUGUCGCCUCCCGCGAUGGAGAAGUGCUACUGCCUGUCCGUGCGGCGAGUGUCGUACGGGCGCGAGGCGAGCGGCGCGGGGGUCGCGGGGGCGGCGGGCCCCGCGCCCGCGCACCGCCUGGCCGUGCACGACCUGCGCGGCGCCUGGACGAAGCUCAACAGGGAUCUCGCGUUCGCGCUCAUUGACACGUAUAUUAAGACGCAGCAACUCAAAAAGAACUUGUCAACUAAAGCCCUGAAGGAGGAAGAGAAGCCGGCGACGUCUCCCAAACAGCAGCGAGACGCAGACGUAGUGUCGCCGCCACCCGCAUCGUCACAAGGCGGCGGAGCGGGCGGAGCGAGCGGGGCGAGCGGGGGCGGCGCGUGCGCAGAGGGCAUGCUGGCGGCGCUGGUGGCGGAGGCGGGCGAGGCGGGCGGCGAGGCGCCGGUCGUGUUCAGCGACGAGCUGGCCGGCGCCGAGGGCGACGCGCCGCCCGCGCACCCGCCGCACCUGCGCCACGUGCUCGACGACGACAACGCGCACACCGCUUGCCUGAUCGAGCUGGUGAACUCGCAAGUGGUGCUGAAGGGGUGCGAGACGCGCGGCUACGUGAUCCUGUGCGCGGCGCGCGCGGAGGUGCGGCAGCGCGUGCGGCGCGCGCCCGCCGCCGCGGCGUGGAGCGGCGCGCUCUCCGCCAUGCAGUACUACGCCACCGUCAGCGCCGCCGACCGCGACCAGCUCGACGAGAACAUCCAGUGGGUGUCGGUGGAGGAGAUAGAGGAGCGGUGGUCGGGCGCGGCCAUCAGCACGCUGCCGGACGUGCCGCGGCUCGUGGGCAGCGGCCACUCCGCGGGGGGCGUCAUCGGGCGCACCGUGGGGCCCAGUGCGGACACCGGCCUUGCGCAGCUGCAGCGCAUAGUGUCGCGGUGCGCGUGCGAGUUCUACUACGUGUCGCAGGAGGAGAGCGAGGGGGGCGGCGGCGCGGGCGCGGGCUGGGCGGCCGCGCCGGAGCCCUACGACUCCUUCACGCUGAUGCACCACGAUCUCGACGUGUGCACUAACUCGCUGCAGUAUGCCAUGCUACUAGACGUGGUGAACAACGUGGUGCUGCACGUAGAACCGGAGCGGCGGCGCGCGCUCGAGCGCAGAGCACGCAUGCGGUUCCAGCUGCAGCUGCACCGCGAUACUGACCCGAGACACCUAAUACACAAACUGCAGACGCAGGUUAGAGAGACGCUAGCAAGACUGCGUCGCCUGGAGAAGGAGUAUUAUCUGAAGAAUAGGUCUAUCACCGGGAAUGACCCGGUGGCCCUGGCCGAGCUAAAAAGUUUGGAUGAUCAGGUGAACGAAUGCAAAGAGUCGGCGUGGUCGCUGGGCGAGGAGCUGGACGCGAUGGUGCGCGCGUGGCGCGAGGCGGGCAGCGCGGCGCGGGCGCCGGCGCCGCGCGCGCCGCACGCGCCGCCGCACAGGUACAACGAGAUCUGCUUCAAGUCGGCGCGCUGGCGGCUCACCGACGCGGACGGCCAGCUCGGGAUAGCCGAUCUGUUGCUCACUAACUUCCUAUACACGAAGACAUCUCGUUCAGAUGAUUCAGUAGAGCAUCAACUGGAGCUGGGCUAUGUGCGCGUCACCAACCUCCUGCCCAAUGAACCUUUCCCGGAGGUGCUAGUUCCGCAAGCGGCGUCAGGGCGCGCGCCGCUAGCUCGCCGCGCGGCGUUGCGCGUGUUCUGCCGCGACCGCCCGCCCGUCGGCGGCAUCUCGGUCAAGGAGCACUUCGAAGUGAACAUAGUGCCUAUAAGGAUUGGAAUGACAAAAAAGUUCUUCAACACGAUGCUAAAGUUCUGCUUCCCGGAGCGCGACCCGGAAGCGAUAGACGAAGGUGACGAUGAAGACAAGAACGCGACGAAGAAACGCAAGAAGAACAAGGACUCCAACUCCAACUUCUACGUGAAGAGGGACAAGAGGGACAAGGAUGAUGUGGAGAAGAUGAAGGAGCGCGCGGAGAAGAACAAGCUGUUCAUCUACAUCAAGAUCCCGGAGGUGCCGGUGCGCGUCUCGUACAAGGGCAGCAAGGAGAAGAACCUGGAGGACGUGCGCGACCUGCCGCUGGUGCUGCCCACGCUCGAGUACCACAACGUCACCUGGACCUGGCUCGACCUGCUGCUCGCCACCAAGAACGACACUAGGCGGGUGCUGGUGUCGCAAGCCAUCCGCCAGAAGCUGCAGCUGCACCGGCGCGCGCCCGCCGCGCUCGAGCCGCUCGAGGAGGACAAGGCGCGCCUGCUGCUCGGCGACCGCACCGUGGCAGAGAAUAAGCCCCAAAAGAAGAGCACCCCCAGCGUAUUCAAAUUUUCUAAAUCAUAGCAUAAGAGCAAAAAGUGACAUGACUCCUUACCGUAAGAAUCGUGUCGCUUUAUUGGUAUUUCUGCAGGACAUCCCAUAUUAAUUGGGUUGCCAUUUUUAUAUACAAUUUGGCAAAUAUUUAAGAAAUGGUGUUUAAAUAUAUUUCUGCGGCUUAUUAACUCCAUAUUAAUCAAGACAAAGUAUUUAAAAAUUGUGAAUGUCUCUCACUCAUGGAAGUAUUUAAUUUCAUAAUAAGAUUGAGAAAGUAGAGGGUUAUUUUUA